UCACUUUUAGAACCUGAAAAACUUCUGCGGCACGUCCGGUUGCUGCUCUGCUCCUGUAUAAAAUCAUUUAAACCCUAUAAGCUCAUCCCCUAAAACCCAUAAAUUUUCUUUUGAAAAAAAAGAUUAGCAAAAAUUUUAAAGACGCCGUUGUGUUCUUUCCUAGCUUCUCCUUCUAUACAAAGGGAAGCUAUGGCCGAAGAAAACGAAAACAAACGCAAAAAAAUGGAGAAACCGCAAAAGAAGAAACAGAAACGUGAGAGUGAGAAAGAAGAAGAGCAAGAAAGCAAAGAAGCAGAAGCCAAAAGCGGUGUCCAAACCCAAGUGAAGAACAACUCAAACAAGAAACGCAAACAAGUUUUUCCUUUCGGCAAUUACAAACACUAUUACGGCUACCGUAUUGGACCAGGCCGUGAAGUAGAAGAAGAUCCUCGGAUUAAGGUAUUGAAGAAGGAGUGGUUCGAAGGGAAGGAUUGUCUGGAUAUCGGCUGUAACAGUGGCGUUGUUACAAUCCAGAUUGCAAAAAAUUUUAAGUGCAAGAGCAUCCUUGGACUUGACAUUGAUUCUGGUCUAAUUGAGGAUGCAUUCUGGUGCCUUAGAAAAUUUGUGAAAAUGGAGUCUGCUCAGAAGAAGCAAGCAAGUGAUUCCAAUGCAAAAGCUGUACAAGAAGUAAACAGGUCAGAGCAGUGUAGUACAUUGUCAAGUGAAGGCACAAGCAAAAGUUCAAGCCAUCAUUCUUCUGAAGAAAGAGAUCUAUCUGAUAUAGUUUCUUUUCGACGGGAAAAUUUUGUGCAGAGUCAUCGUCCACUUGAUAAGUAUUAUGAUACAAUUCUUUGUUUGAGUGUGACAAAAUGGAUUCACCUGAACUGGGGUGAUGAUGGAUUGAUUACUUUAUUUACAAAGAUUUGGAGACUUCUCCAUCCGUUGUCUGAACUGCAUAUGAUCAUGAGCAGGGUGGCAUUUUUGUAUUGGAACCUCAACCUUGGGAAUCAUAUGAAAAGAACCGUAAAGUCUCUGAGACAACAGCAAGUAAUUAUCAUAGUAUUAUGUUCCGACCUGAGCAUUUUCAGGAAAUUCUUCUAGAUAAGAUUGGAUUCAGAAAGGUAGAAGAUGUCACUUCAGGGUUGUCGGGCACUAGAACUGGUUUCGAUAGACCAAUUUUUGCAUUCUACAAAUGACUUGAGACGACUAAAGGCUUCAUCAAGGACUUUACUACCUGGAAACAGAGUGGAUUUACAAUGGAAUGGGGGCAAUCGACAGCUGCCUCCCACUGAAAUUCUGUAAUUUUUUGUAAUAUUGUGUAAUCACCACAAGUUUGAAUUUCGCUGUCACUGAAAUCUAAUACGUACCAUAAUUUAAUAUUUGAUGUGUUGCUGUUACACAACUUCGCCCAUUUCUAUGUUUAAAGUGAUCAAACACUCGUCUGAAAGCCUAUCCAUGUUCGGGUUCGAAAAAAUUUAAACAUGUAAUAUAUUCUUUAG